GAGAGAGAGAGAGAGAGAGAGACACACACACAGUUAGUUAAUCUUAGCAUGCCUGCAUACGCCACCAACAUGAGGCUUAAGUUUCCCAUCCUGGCUCUGACUCUGGAGAUCAUCACCAUCAUCCUGUUUGCUGUGUUUGUGGUCUACGAUGAUGGGAAACAUGGGGGGCACGGAGCCCACAACAACGCCACACACCAUGAGGAGAAGGCACAGGAUCCUCUGACCCUCUACCCCAGUAAGUGACACCUGAAGGCUCCUUAAUGUUAGCCUGGUCCCAGAUCAGUUUGUGUGGUCUUGGCAUGACAAUGACCAUAAGAGUUGGCAAGACAGAAACAGAUCUGGGAGCAGGCUUCCUCAGUGUGGUGCCACAUAUUGUAUGUGUGGGCUGUCAGCCUGGUUGUGGGAGCUCGGUUGAAGAAUCAUGGAUUUGUUUGUAUUGACUCCUUGAUGCCAACCCUGGUUGCUAUGGAUGAUGGGCUAUGAAGUUGAUAAUACUGUUGAGUCUCAAAGAUUUGACCCCUAUUCUCUCAAUAAUUGUGCAGUAGCUUCGAGGGAUAAACUAUAGAUCAUCGGGCAUGGUAUUAUUGAGUUAUCAGAUACUCCUGUGAACAAUCAGAGAGAGAGGUCGUGGGAAAGCAUAGUGUGAGGUUGUUGUGCACGUACCCAUCUAGCAUCCUCACACCUAAAGAAUACUCUGUAGGGAAUGGGCCAGAUGCUCUGGCUGUCAUAGGAGCACCACUCUCUCUCAUUCUGGGCGGGUUCACUUUGGCUAGCCUCCAGAUGGAUGGUGCAAAUAGGAAGAUGAAUGCCUGGACUGAAUGGCAUCCACAUACUCACAAUAGAACUUGCAUGUGCGCUUGAGGGAAAUGCAUUAUUAAUGUGUUUUAGUGAGACAUAUGAUUGAGUUAAAAGUGUUUGCACGUGUACGUGAAUUUGUGUUUAGAGAUAGAUAAGUCUAUCUUGUGACUUAUCAGUUGAAAAGUGCCAAAGCCCCACCCCUACUACUUUACCUACGUCACUAGCAUUUUUUGGUACAAAUAAAUAAUUUCAUGUUAGUCUGGUGUUCUUUGGGUGGUUCUUGGAAUCUCCAAAAGUGUAUUUUUUAUCUAUCUUAAUACAGCAUAAAUACUUGCAGACUUACAGUAUAGAGGUUUGCCCAUAAAUGGGCUGGGCAGGUGUGACCCAAAGAGAUUAGCGCAGUUCUUAGCAUUUGGGCCAACCAUUUUCCAUUCUAAGAAUUUGGCCGUUGAAGUGUCGUUUAAGUUAAGUCACAUCCUAAAACUUUUAUAACUAUUGGUUGUUUUUAAAUAAUCUGAGAGAAAUCUCAUUUCAAAUUUUUGUUUAAUGGAUUAUACAGCUAGAGAUGCUUAUAAAGGCAACAUUGACUUUCUUUCUUUUCUCAAGAAAGCUGUAACAUUUGCAGAUAGGUUUAUUUACUUGUAUGCUAAUUGCAUCCAUAACUAUCAUAAUUGACCCCCCAAAACGCCCACUUUACUCAACUGACUAGCUAUGUAAUGCCUUAUAACAUUUUCAUUCAGCUGUACAAACACAAGUUGCACCCCCCCUAAAAAAAACAUUGGAGAAGACUAUGAGAAAAUAUCAGGGGUCUGAUGUUGUGUGCGAUGCGGGGUCAUCUAUAUGGUGCAUACCAAAGCUCCACAAUUACAGGUUCAAAGCAGAGGAAUUAAGCGGAGGAAUGCAAUUUUGAAAAAUAGGAGCCUAUGUUGUUGCUGGGCUUUAUCAUUAACAGACAAAAUCAUUGUUAAAAAAUAUAUAUUGAGAGGAAACUAUGGUUUCUGUGGCUCUGUGAAGUACUUGUUUUCCUCAAAGAAGGGGGACCUUAAGAUUUUAUGUUGCACAUAAUUCAGGCGGAAUUCAGUUUUGUAAUUGCAGUUCACAACAACACAAAAAACAACUUUACCAAUUGCGCUGGUGUAAAAGGUCCCCCAUUGUCAUACUUGAAUAAAAGUUAAGAUACCUUAAUAGAAAAUGACUCAAUUAAAAGUGAAAGUCACCCAGUAAAAUACUACUUGUGGAAAAGUCUAAAAGUAUCUGGUUUUAAAUGUAUGUACAGUGGGGAAAAAAAGUAUUUAGUCAGCCACCAAUUGUGCAAGUUCUCCCACUUAAAAAGACGAGAGAGGCCUGUAAUUUUCAUCAUAGGUACAUGUCAACUAUGACAGACAAAAUGAGGAAAAAAAAUCCAGAAAAUCACAUUGUAGGAGUUUUAAGGAAUUUAUUUGCAAAUUAUGGUGGAAAAUAAGUAUUUGGUCACCUACAAACAAGCAGGAUUUCUGGCUCUCACAGACUUGUAACUUCUUCUUUAAGAGGCUCCUCUGUCCUCCACUCGUUACCUGUAUUAAUGGCACCUGUUUGAACUUGUUAUCAGUAUAAAAGACACCUGUCCACAACCUCAAACAGUCACACUCCAAACUCCACUAUGGCCAAGACCAAAGAGCUGUCAAAGGACACCAGAAACAAAAUUGUAGACCUGCACCAGGCUGGGAAGACUGAAUCUGCAAUAGGUAAGCAGCUUGGUUUGAAGAAAUCAACUGUGGGAGCAAUUAUUAGGAAAUGGAAGACAUACAAGACCACUGAUAAUCUCCCUCGAACUGGGGCUCCACGCAAGAUCUCACCCCGUGGGGUCAAAAUGAUCACAAGAACGGUGAGCAAAAAUCCCAGAACCACACGGGGGGACCUAGUGAAUGACCUGCAGAGAGCUGGGACCAAAGUAACAAAGCCUACCAUCAGUAACACACUACGCCGCCAGGGACUCAAAUCCUGCAGUGCCAGACGUGUCCCCCUGCUUAAGCCAGUACAUGUCCAGGCCCGUCUGAAGUUUGCUAGAGUGCAUUUGGAUGAUCCAGAAGAGGAUUGGGAGAAUGUCAUAUGGUCAGAUGAAACCAAAAUAGAACUUUUUGGUAAAAACUCAACUCGUCGUGUUUGGAGGACAAAGAAUGCUGAGUUGCAUCCAAAGAACACCAUACCUACUGUGAAGCAUGGGGGUGGAAACAUCAUGCUUUGGGGCUGUUUUUCUGCAAAGGGACCAGGACGACUGAUCCGUGUAAAGGAAAGAAUGAAUGGGGCCAUGUAUCGUGAGAUUUUGAGUGAAAACCUCCUUCCAUCGGCAAGGGCAUUGAAGAUGAAACGUGGCUGGGUCUUUCAGCAUGACAAUGAUCCCAAACACACCACCCGGGCAACGAAGGAGUGGCUUCGUAAGAAGCAUUUCAAGGUCCUGGAUUGGCCUAGCCAGUCUCCACCCCACCCCAGAUCUCAACCCCAUAUGAAAUCUUUGGAGGGAGUUGAAAGUCCGUGUUGCCCAGCGACAGCCCCAAAACAUAAUUGCUCUAGAGGAGAUCUGCAUGGAGGAAUGGGCCAAAAUACCAGCAACAGUGUGUGAAAACCUUGUGAAGACUUACAGAAAACGUUUGACCUGUGUCAUUGCCAGCAAAGGGUAUAUAACAAAGUAUUGAGAAACUUUUGUUAUUGACCAAAUACUUAUUUUCCACCAUAAUUUGCAAAUAAAUUCAUUAAAAAUCCUACAAUGUGAUUUUCUGGAUUAGUUUUUUCUCAUUUUGUCUGUCAUAGUUGACGUGUACCUAUGAUGAAAAUUACAGGCCUCUCUCAUCUUUUUAAGUGGGAGAACUUGCACAAUUGGUGGCUGACUAAAUACUUUUUCCCCCACUGUAAGUACAGUGGUGGAAAAAGUACUACAUUCUCAUACUCAAUUCUCCUUAAAUUAAGCAAACCAGACGGCACAAUUUCCUUGUAUUAUUAUUAUUUUUUUUACGAACAGCUAGGGGCACACUCCAACACUCAGACAUAAUUUACAAACACAGUAUUUGUGUUUAGUGAGUCCGCCAGAUCAAAGGCAGUAGGGAUGACAACGUGUUAUAUUGAUAAGUGAGUGAAUUGGACCAUAUUGCUGUCCUGCCAGAGCAUUCAAAAUGUAACACGUUUUUGGGUGUCAGGGGAAAAGUAUGGGAGUAAAAAGUACAUAUUUUCUAUAGGAAUGUAGUAGAGUAAAAGUAAAAGUAGUCCAAAAUAUAAAUAGUAAAGUAAAGUAGAGAUACCCCCAAAAAACUACUGAAGUAGUAUUUCAAAGUAUUUUUACUUAGUUACGUUACACCACUGACCAAUUGCAGCUAGAUUCAGUAGGAUGCUAAAUUAAACUUGAGAAACUCAAAGGCAUUGGUGCCUUGGAGGUUUGAUGUUUGCCCAUGUCUUCAUGAUCCGUACUGGCACGGACGCCUGCCCUAGUGAAUGCAGUGGCGUUGGGACUGGGUCAUCAUGCCUGAGGAUUCCCUCUCAUCCAAAGCCAUGGGGGAUUACUGAAAUGUGGACAGAAGGUUGAGGAAACGCAAGCUUAAUUCCCUUCAAUUAUGUUUAAUGCUGACACAUUUUGGAGCAAGCUCCUUCGACAGAGCUUGGUGACCUCCAAACGCAUCAGCAUUUAACAUUAUUGAAAAUAAUUAGGUUGCUGGCCUGAAACCAUCUCCUUUCAGACUGACACCCCUUUAGCAAUCCAGAAAAUAAUUGGAACUACCAUGGAUGAAGGAUGACAUAAUAUGUUGGACAUAGAGUCCAUCUGAGAGGCUGAGUUCCAAAUGGACCUCUUCUCUACCCUUCUCUUAGAGCCUCCAACUGGUAUGAUGUCUCAAAGGUAUCAAGUAUCCAGGUGAUAUAAGAUGGGUGGGGUGGGGGCUGAUCAAGAAUGCAGGGCAAGCAGCCAAAGAGCAUUGUUAAUAGAGAUUAACCUCAGCAACUAGCUUCUGCAUCCUGCAUUGCUAAAAUGUCCAUUCCUAUGAGACCAGCCAAGGGGUUCCUCUAGGGGCCACUGCAUAGUGUUAUGGAACUGACUGGACACCCUACUGUUAAUAUUGUACUCGCUAAGUCUAGGGGUUUUAGGCUUGCCUAAUGGUUCUGUAGCCUGACUGGAUGUGUGCAUAAAUGUGAGAGGUAAAGUGUAGGCGACCCAGCCCAGAGACACAGUAACCUUACCUUAGAUCCAGGGCCAGCUCUGCCUUGACUCCUUUGAGUCGGCGAGGCCAAGUGGAUUAUUAUGUUCAGAUGGUGCCCGAAAACAAAUAUAUACAAAAAGGAAAACUACAAACAGGCAUGCCCAAUAGUGCUGAGCAAUUAGUGCUUUUUGAGGUGAUUCGGUUUCGGUUCGAUUAUUUAGAAAAUAAUAACGGUUUUCAAUUUCGGGUUUCUAUUUGUUUUUUAAACAACAUUAAAUGUAUUAUGAAAUAAUGACAUUAAAAUGACUUUUGAGCUUUUUAAUGGAAAUUCCAAAGCCAAAAACAGUGAACAUUAAAUUGCCAAAACAUUACAAAUAUUGCAUUGUCUCUGUCAAGUCCACAUUGUGUAGACAUCAAUAGAAAAAUAGGAAAUCACUAUGAAAUAAUAAAAUAUUUUAGGUGUAUAUUACUUUGUUUUUAUUUGCUGACUUUAUAAUUUUUUAUUCCUUACAAAAUAACAAAAUGCUGGUAAAUUGCUCAGCACUAAUGCCCAAACUAAAGAUAAAAAACAAACGAAAGGCCUCAUGAUCACCCAAAACUUCAGCAGGCUGACGGCUUUGCAACUGCCGCACUGACAGGCGAUCCCAUUAAUCGGAAGUACCUGAUGUGCAUCCUUCUAGCACAGCACUUGGACAUGGUUGGUGCUGCCACCUGGGGGAUGGAGUGUUGAAGUGUUUCCUGGUCCAGUGUGUUGCCUAACUGUGUGCUAACACUAAACUACCUACUACAGUACAUAACAAUAGUGAAUAUCUCUGUAUUAUUUAUUUGGCUUGGUAAGGUUGGUGAUUUUAGAUAACAAUGCUGGGUAAGAUGAAUGUGCAGUGGUAGGCCGAAAAAGAGAGAUAUCCAAUACGGACAAGACAAAAGCUGAGACUUGUUUUGCUGUUAUGUUCUAAAGCUUUAAGUUUAGUACUCUAUGUCUCAGUGGGUAGAGUAAGGCGCUGACAACGGCAGGAAUGUAUUAUAUUGCAUCCACCAACUCAUUGUGAGGUAAUGUUUUGCACAUUGUUCUAUUUGCACAUUCCCAAUCAGUACCCUCAAUCAAUGCUAAAGAACAGAAAACAUUUCAUGCAAUCUACUAACAACAAAAAUGCAGAUUUGGUCAGUUACAAAAGUAAAGUCAACACAUGGCUAUCUUAUCUUGUAUAUAUCUUACAAGGCUAUUUGUAUAUCUUACAUAUUUUACAUUGUUCAGACUUCGAUAUCAGGGAAAACAUUGAAUAGAUUUGAGUUACUUGUACUGUGUAUAUAUCUUACAGCGCUAUUUGUAAUCUUUUUGUAUAUCUUACUUAUCAGACAUUGUUCAGACUUCGAUAUCAGGAAAAAGAUUGGAUAGAUUUUAGUUAUUUGUUUGCUACCGGAUGGGCGCGGGUGUUCUGACCAGUGCCAGAGGGGUUAUAAGGUAUCCUAUGAUGUCUCGGGGGCAUUGCAUAAGUAAUACUAAACCUGAUUAUAAUCAUGGUCCAGUGUGCUGAAUAUCAUCCAUAGCAAUACAAUGCACUCCUGGAGAGAAAGAGACAGUCAUAAGUAAACACGAUAAUGAGUGAGGAAUUCAUGGACUUCUAAUUUGAGACAAAAUCUGUUUAGAAGAGCUAACCUUCCUGUUUAUUUUUCUCUAUCACUGUGUGGCAGAAAGAGGGCGCCUCAACUCUUAAAUUCCUUGUCAGUUACAACAAUCCCUCUACAACUGCCUAAUAUGUAGCAUCGGUUUUACUUUUAGUAUGGCACAGAGACACAUACAGAGAAAGAGAUGUGUAUAUAUGGCUCUGGUAUGGCAUGCUGGUAGACAUGUUUCCUGGAGAGUCAUACACAGCUUACAUAGAGUACAUAGAGUAGUCAUAUAUAGUCACAGACAACAAAAGAAAACGGACCUAUCGGGCAAGUCUAUGCUACACCUAAGCCCCCCAACCCCCAACCCCACACCCUGUAUUCCAUCACUUCCCCAGGACUGUCUGAGUGGUGACCGUCUGCCUAAGUUCCUCCCUGACACCACAAUGCUAACUGCUCACCACAAUGCUAACCAGACCUGGGGAAACAAGGCCUGUUGUUUCCACUUUCUGCAAACGGCCACACCUUGAUGGACUUUCCAGAUGAGGACCCGUCAUCCAUCGCACAGUGACUGAUCACUUUUGGGAAUUGGGAGUCUGGCUUCCUGUGGUCAGGAAUUUCAGGGAAGAGGACCUUUUGUGAGCGUCGAGCGAGAGUGGGAGUAGAGGGCGUGGGUGGGUGGGAGUGGGAGUGGAGCUUGGAGAAUUAGGAUCGUUCCUCCGGCGCUGGUGGACAAACCGUUCUAAGCUCCACACACACGCACCUAUGUACGUACGCACACACACACGUACAUUCUCACGCACACGCACACACACACACACAUCUGGUCAGUCCCUUGGGCCAGUAGCCUGAUCCUUAUCUGCAGACACUCGGAUAGUGCUCAUAUCCUGCUGUCCGCACACACAGUGAGCUAAGCCCUUAUAAGUUAAGUAUCUGUCCUCUUGUAUACAUCAAUCUAAAUAUGCAUAAAGUGCGAGGACAGUGAUCCAUACACAAGACCCCAGUCCUUAUAAUUCCAGUAACUGAAACUAAUAGUGAGGAAUGUAUUUAUCUGUGGAGUUUCUGCUUCCCUGAGACCAUCUAUUAAGUUUAGAAGACUUGAUUAAGAUCAUGUUAUCCCAGUGAAUGGAACAACGUGAGGCUACUGACAUGACACAUCAAACUGGGUUAUCGGGUGCCUCAGUUCUCAGCAUCCCAUUCACAGACUAAUUUAAUUGUUCUUCCCUCCUCAGGAUUUACAAUGACACCCUCAUAGGGAUAGGGGUUACUACUGUUGCUGCACAGUCCAAUGCGGCUGCUCCGUGAAUCAUUUGAGCAGCAAAAGGCAAAGCAACAUAAUGAAUGGAAUAUUUACACCCCACUAAUAGCCCUAGGUAUUUGAUCAAUUGCUAGUCUGUCAACUGAUUUGAAUGUCAUUGAAGUGUUGUAAUAGAGGAUCAUACUCACACAGCAAGCCCUCCCAGGGUUUUAGUAAUUCGUUUUAGUUUUAGUUGUCAUUCUUUCAGUUUUCAUUCACUAUUCAAUCAGAGUGAAUAAAACACAUGGGGCCUGUUUUAUGGAGAAAUAAUACAAUUAUAUUAUGUUAACACCAGCACCAACAUCUCUUGGAUUUCAUGUGAAUGUAAAAGGUUAACAUUUUGGAAGUCACUUUUUUGAAUGAAAUAAUCAAACUCCACUGAGCUGACCUCUGACCUGCCAUUUGUUUCCCAGUGUUCCAGGAUGUCCACGUGAUGAUCUUCGUUGGCUUUGGCUUCCUGAUGACCUUUCUGAAGAGAUAUGGCUUUAGCAGUGUGGGCCUCAACCUGCUCCUGGCCGCCUUCGCUCUGCAGUGGGGUCUCCUCAUGCAAGGCCUCUGGCACCUGGACGAUGGCAAGAUCAAAGUCUCCGUCUUCAAGUAAAUACAAAUAGUACGCUAACAGAACAGUCAGAAUAAAUUAAGCUAGCAGUAGCAUCAUAGUACCCAUGAUAGAAGACAUCUUCAAGUAAAUACAACAUAGCCAUUACCAGAACCGUCAAAAGCAAUAAUCAGCUUGCAGUAAUAGCACAUGUGCGUACACGUAGUGAGAACAGUCAUAGAGGAGCCUACAAUUCUAGACACAUUAAUACAGCAACAGAACGGGCAGAAUGAAUGAAGCUACAAUUAGUGGCAUUAUGUGCACAUGAUAGAGGACAAUCGUGGAGAAGUGUUGUGUUCUAGUGUUAACAAGACAUCUCUCGCUCUCUCGCUUUCUCUCUCUUCACCCCCUCCUACUCCUAUUCUUCCUCCUCACCAUAAGGAUGAUCAAUGCAGACUUCAGCACAGCCACCGUUCUGAUCUCGUUCGGGGCAGUCCUGGGUAAAACCAGCCCCGUCCAGCUCCUCAUCAUGACCAUCCUCGAGAUCACCAUCUUCGGCAUCAACGAACAUCUGGUGGCUGAAAUCCUGGGGGUCGGUGCACUUCGCCAUAAUCUCAGAUCCCAGAACUAACCCUUAUUCUAACAGUCUGUCACAACAGACUAACUUCAACCUUAUCCACUCAUUUAAGAACUUGUGUAUAUGAAAAACAACACUAUACAAGAAAAGUACAUUAGUUAAUACAGUUCAAUAAGCAAUAUUGUGUGCAAUCUUGUGAGUAGCAGUAAAAAACAUGUGAAUCGCAGCCUUACAGCAAAAAUGGAAGAGGAAAGUGGAAGGGGUAGAAAGUAAGGAACUUGUCUGUCGGCCUUGCAUUAAAGAACAUAAUUGGUUAAGGAAAACUGUGAUAAAUAAAAAAGUAUAUCAGUUUCAUUUAAGGACCAAAGGAUUGACAGCCGUCCCAUAUAGAUUGCAAAAUAGUUGGGAAGAGAUUUUUGACGUACCAAUCCCAUGGCAUAGUGUUUAUGAACUGAUACGCAAAACGACACCGGAUUCAAAAAUUUGAAUCUUUCAAUUUAAAUUAUUAUAUACAAUUCUUGCUACCAAUAGAAUGUUAUUUAUAUGGGGAAUACAAUCUUCCCAGCUCUGCAGAUUUUGCUGCGAAGAGACAGAAUCAUUAGAUCAUUUGUUUUGGUACUGUCCAUCUGUAGCUUGUUUUUGGACACAGGUCCAGGAAUGGAUAAAGGAUUGCAAUAUUUACCAGGAGCUAACCUUGCAGAUAGCAUUACUGGGUGAUCUUAAAAGUCAUAGUCAAUCGAUCAAUAACAUAAUAAUACUUUUAGCAAAAAUGUUUAUUUUCAAUUCACAAUCUGUAGAAACAAUGAGAAUGGUUCAGAACUUUUGUAAGACAUCACAGUACAGUUGAAAUAUAUAUGGCAAAUAGAAAUCCUAUAUGGAUGGUGUUAAAAGAUAGAUGGGAGGUGUUGAAUGGAAUUGAAGGAUGGGACUAAUAACAACUAACAACAAAUAAUAACAAGAUAACUAAUAAUGUAAGCAUACUGUGUCAUUAAUAAGUAUAUAGGUUGUAGGUUGGGAGCUUUUGUGAAAGAGCACAGUUAGAAAGAUAUGGCAUAUAGAAGCAAACCGGAUGGACAUCAUGAAAAUGAUCGGAGAGGUUGAGAGUAGAGGAAGUUCAGGAGAAAAAACAAACAAAAAAUAAUUAUUGUAAAAUGAACUGUGUCCAUAAAAUGUAGAUAGUAGGUAUAAGCUGGAAGUAGAGGCCUAAGCAUUGUUGUUCACUAGUUUACUCCAAGUAGGGAAAGGGUGGUGGGGUUGGAAAGUAAUAAAGGGGAAUAUAUAUAUAUAUAUUUUUAAAGGAUAUGUAUGUGUAUGUAUGUAUGUAUGUAUGUGCGGCAGGUAGCUUAGUGGUUAAGAGCGUUGUGCCAGUAACCGAAAGGUCGCUGGUUCUAAUUCCCGAGCCGACUAGGUGAAAAAUCUGUCGAUGUGCCCUUGAGCAAGGCACUUAACCCUAAUUGCUCAUGUAAGUCGCUCUGGAUAAGAGCGUCUGCUAAAUGACUGAAUUGUAAAAUGUGUGUGUAUAAAUAUAUAUAAAACAUGGGGGGUUGGAAGUGAUGCAGACAACUACAUUGAUGGAACUUACAAUCUAUCUGCAAUAUUAAGCUGAUCUACCCCCCAAAAAAAUUACCCUAGCGAGACUGCCUUCUAUUGGUGAGAAGUGACAGCCCAAGACAAAUGCGAUCAGACAAGAUUCAUCCUACCAAAAGGGCUCUGACAAAUAUAAUCAUGAUGUAAAUUCUUAGGGAUGAAUCUACAAAGGGAAAAAUACAUCUAGGUCAAGGGGUCAAAUUCUAUUUGAUAUUCUUGAAUCGGUCCAAUCCUAUACCCAACCAAUCAGUGCACUAGUUUUUAUUGGGAAUGGGCAGAGGUGUGAUGGAUGGGUGAUUGACAGGUGAUUGAGGUUAGUAGCAGGCUAAGGAGAAGGUUUUUUUUUUUUACUAACUACUUUGUGUGGUUUAUCCCACUCACAGGCCAAUGAUGUUGGGGCCUCCAUGAUUAUCCAUGCCUUUGGGGCGUACUUCGGUCUCGCAGUGGCCCGCAUGCUGUACCGGCCAGCUCUGAGGAACAGCCAUGAGAACGAUGGCUCUGUCUACCACUCUGACCUCUUCGCCAUGAUCGGUAAGAGCAGCUCACAUGGCAGUCAUCAAAGUCAAUGCAUUUUAUUCAUUACUGUAGUCAGUCACUAACGACUAUUAUUAGUAUUAGAGAUUAGAGUAGAGAGUAGUAGAUAUAUCCACAAAAUAUAGUUAAAAUGUUCCCUUAUGUAUAUUUGGAACACUAGAAAUAGCAAUUCAGCAAUAAGGGGGCCAUAAGUAUCAAGCAUCUCAGAGUAGGAGUGCUGAUUUCGAAUCAGUUUUUACUUUUGGAUCACAAUAAAUUAGAUUACAUGGACAGGGGGGACCUGAACCUACAUUAGCAUUCCUACUCUGAGAUGCUUGAUACAUACGGCUCCUGGUGUCUGUUUGCACGGUACAUUUUAUCACAAGGGAAGAGGAGUCGUAGAUAGAAGGCUGAAGUGGAGGCUCCUCCACAAAUAUCAUAGUCUCAUUCGCCACCUAGUGGAAAUACAGUGUAUCACUUCCAAAACUCACCGUAUUAUAAAACAUAGUGACACUAGCAGGAAUAAUUCAGUUCAAUGUAGUUUCAAUACAUUUAAUACAUUACUUUUAGUUUUAUAUAUUUUAGAAUUAACUGAAGUAGCAGAAAAAUCUAAAUCCCACAUGAAUAUCUUCUCCAGGUACCGUGUUCCUCUGGAUGUUCUGGCCCAGUUUCAACUCUGCCAUCGCUGCACCUGGCACUGAUCAGCUCAUGGCCGUGACCAACACCUACUUCUCCCUGGCUGCCUGUGUACUGUCUGCCUACGCCACCUCCAGCCUGGUGGAGCACAAAGGGAAACUGGACAUGGUGAGUCUUCCAAUGCUUCAUUCAAACCACAAAGGGUCAGAUCACAGCAAAGCUGUAGAUUGUUUACUUACUUUCAAUUUAUUUGACUUGCUUAUAUUCAAACAAGACUGUUGAGUGUGUGUGUGUGUGUGUGUGUGUGCGUGUGUGUGCACGUGUAUUGUGUGUCUUUGGGAAAGAGACAAUAGAAUCUCACACAUCAUCUACUAUAGCAUAGCUCUUAGAUGCUUCUGUGUCUUCCAUAGGUCCACAUCCAGAAUGCCACUCUGGCCGGAGGUGUUGCCGUGGGAACCUGCGCUGACAUGGACAUCGGCCCUUUCGGUGCCAUGAUCAUCGGGUUCGUGGCUGGCAUCGUCUCCACCCUGGGCUUCAAGUUCCUCACUGUGAGUUCAAAGUCACACAAGUCUGAACCAAUAGAAAGGGCGAUGCCUAGUCAUUUGCACAACUGAAUGCAUUCAACCGAAAUGUGUCUUCAGCAUUUAACCCAACCCCGCUGAAUCAGAGAGGUGCAGGGGGCUGCCUUAAUCAAGGUCAUCGGCCCCUGGGUGUAGUCAUUGUUGGGGGUAAACUGCCUUGGCACAACAGCAGAUUGUUCCACCUUGCCAGCUUUGGGAUUCGAACCAGCAACCUUUCAGUUACUGGACCAACGCUCUUAACCACUAGGCUACCUGCCGCCACAACCAUGAGGUGGACCAGGACACCAAAGAUGGCUAUAAAAAAUUGUAACGUAGACAUGUCUUGUGAGUUGCAAUAAACCUACAUUUUUUUGAAUGUUACAUUUCUAUCAGCAUCCUCACUAACCUGUGAGGGGGAGGAAAUAAUGUCCUCAGCCCAAUGAAAAAAUCUGGUUCUGGUUGGUUAAACAAGUUUUGCCUGCUGGUAGAAACUUGCAUUUUAGUCAAAACAAUCACCCAUCCAUCCAUGACUGACUAACCUGCCAUCGGAUGGCUAGAAAUAUGUUGAAAUUAAUGGGCACUAGGGAAUAUGGAAAUGAGACAACUGUUUCUCUCUGUGUUUCAGCCCAUCCUGGCAUCCAACCUGGGCAUCCAGGACACCUGUGGCGUCCACAAUCUGCACGGCAUGCCUGGCAUCCUCGGGGGUAUCGCUGGCAUUGUGGCUGUCGCUCUGGGCAAGAAGGAUGGGUAAGGCUCAUCCAAUGGCAUUCUUCAUACUGUAUACAGUGCCUUGCAAAAGUAUUCAUCCCCCUUGGCGUUUUUCCUUGAUUUUUAUUUUUAUUUCAUGUAAUGGACAUACACAAAAUAGUCCAAAUUGGUGAAGUGAAAGAAAAAAAAUUACUUGUUUCAAAAAAUUCUAAAAAAUAUAUAACGGAAAAGUGGUGCGUGCAUAUGUAUUCACCCCCUUUGCUAUGAAGCCCCUCAAUAAGAUCUGGUGCAACCAAUUACAUUCAGAAGUCACAUAAUUAGUUAAAUAAAGUCCACCUGUGUGCAAUCUAAGUGUCACAUGAUCUGUCACAUGAUCUCAGUAUAUAUACACCUGUUCUGAAAGGCCCCAGAGUCUGCAACACCACUAAGCAAGCGGCACCAUGAAGACCAAAGAGCUCUCCAAACAGGUCAGGGACAAAGUUGUGGAGAAGUACAGAUCAGGGUUGUGUUAUAAAAAAAUAUCAGAAACUUUCAACAUCCCAUGGAGCACCAUUAAAUCCAUUAUAAAAAAAUUUAAAGAAUAUGGCACCACAACAAAUCUGCCAAGAGAGGGCCGCCCACCAAAACUCACGGACCAGGCAAGAAGGGCAUUAAUCAGAGAGGCAACAAAGAGACCAAAUAUAACCCUGAAUGAGCUGCAAAGCUCAACAGCGGAGAUUGGAGUAUCUGUCCAUAGGACCACUAUUUAGCCGUACACUCCACAGAGCUGGACUUUACGGAAGAGUGGCCAGAAAAAAGCCACUGCUUAAAGAAAAAAAUAAGCAAACACGUUUGGUGUUAGCCAAAAGGCAUGUGGGAGAUUCCCCAAACAUAUGAAAGUAGUUUUUGAAUGUCUAAUAAUUAACUUUUCCGUUAUGGUGUGAGCUUGGCCUCAAAAUUGAGUCUCAAAAUAAGGGUAUCUUGCCAUAAUUACCUAAGUAUUUUCUCUUCUCCACCUGUCUUCCCUCAGGAGCGCUGCAAUGCAGGGUGCAGCCCUGGCUUCAUCCCUUGGGUUCGCUUUGGUUGGAGGAGCCAUUACAGGUGGGUGGAGAGAGACAGUGCCAUUUUUUGUCAUUCAAUAAUCUAGAUCACAUUUUAACAGACUUAACCGUUUUCAUAUGGUAUAAAAAUAUGUAAUUUGUUUUAUACCAUGCCGCUAGGAAACAUGUAUUUAAUAAUACUGUUCAUAACUUUUCUAUUUGUACAGGUCUGAUAAUGAAGCUUCCAUUCUGGGGUCAGCCUCCAGAUCAGAACUGCUUUGAUGAUUCCAUUUAUUGGGAGGUAAGAAUUUGAAAGAAACAACCACAACACAUUAUCCUGAUCCAUCAUUGACCAUCACUAGCUUACAGUUGAAUCAACUACCUGAGGUAUAUGGUAUAAGGUAUAGGUUGUUACAUGUAUUGGUGUGACACUCAUAUAACAUUUGACAUAUCCAAUCCCAUAAUGUGGCCUCAGCCACAUAUAAAUUGUUCUUAGUCAUAGAUGGCUAAUGUGGCAUAUUGUAUUGUAUUACGUUGAACUGUUUGUAGGUCACGUGACCACCUGGAGACACGCAGAAAAUAUUUGAUUUGUAAAUAUAAAAUACUAUCUUAUAACAUAUGAUUUGGCAUAGAUGAAAUGGUGGCUAAAUUGUGAGAUCUGUGACUGACUGAGAUGUGACUGUUCUAGGUUCCUGAGGAGGAGGAGGGUGAGGAGAGCCUGGCUCACGGAGACCAAAAAGCAGAGGCCUAAAGCUCCCACUCUAUGCUGCACAUACAUUACCCACAACCCUCUGAGCUAGAGAUGGGGAAAGUGAGGAAUCAUGAACCACACAUUACAUAUUGGGUGUACUGUAUCUCAAUAGUCUUAACUGGCUUCCUCUCCUCGUCACCUCUCCUUCAUCUAAUUGGUAGAUCCAUACCAGGACUUCAUGCGUCACCCGAGGACGUAAAGGAGAGAAGCUAUGUUGUACUAUUGAAUUCAACCCAGGAUGGCCAGUGCAGUGAAAUUGUCAGUUAUUUUCAACUAUAGCAUAAAUCAUUGGAUUGGAUGAGACAAAUUGAAAUCAUAUCGUGGUUCAUGCUACCUUUAUUAAGACAUCUCUAAUUCAACUCGAUCAGCAGGGAAAUGUUAGCCUAUGUUGCACUUUUCUGUGUAACCAAACUAGGUCCUCAUUGUCCGUAGAUUUGUAGUAAAUAUUUUAUUCUUCAAUUGAAUAGGAUAGGUCCACUGAAGAAUAUUUGGGAAACAUGUCAUAGCUCAUUAUCAUUUCAACUAAAGUGUAAGAGGUGGGUGUGUUACAUACAAAAAAAACUAUUAUUAGGUGUCAAUGCAAUUUGAGAUAAUAUUGUAAGGAUUUUCUUAUCUUAAAAAAAGUAUGUUUACAGAAACUCAUUUCAACCAUAACAUGCUUGCAGUGCUUUGGAUGUGUUAGUCUGAACAUGUAUUUAAAUGAAGCAGCAUUUUGAUAUAAAUGAUGCUGAAUAAGUUGCAUUGAAACAUCAACUGUUCGGAGGAAAGAUACUUUCAGGGAUUCUUUUUUUACACUGAAUUUGAUGACCACCGUUCUGAGCCAUUAGAAACAGUAUAGAUAUAGUAGAACCAGUAUAUCAAGCUGACAUUCAAUCAUAUCACCAAUUGUAUCACAUGUUUUGUGACACUAUCAAAAUGUUAACAGACAUUUGUUUUGCCUCAUUAGUUAGGGCUAUACAUUGUAUAUUUUUUUCGACACACCUUUUUAUGUCGCCAUCCAACUGACAUAGACGAUAUUGUGUGCUAAGCCUUGUCGCAUGAAUAGAAUCAACUGCUACUUUGGCCUGCUGCAGAGCUAGGCCGCAUCACUGGAGCUCACUACUCCUGCUGGAGAGAAUCUGAUCCCAGACCAGGCUGUGAAGUUUAGGCAGUAGCUAAGGGUGUCACGGUUCAGACAGACGACCAGAGGACCACAAUUGCGUCACACCAGAAAGUUUAUUAAACUUAAGGGAAAAGGGAAGUAGGGAGUGAAUGAAGGCUCCAGGGGUAACAGGGAUCCCGUCCAAUGUGCUGGGUCUGUGCCCCCCCCAGUGGCAGCGAUGCGUCCUAUGAAGCCGGUGGUGGGUGGUCCAGAAGUCCUGGGGGGGGGAGACACAGACACAACAGGGCGGAAUGAAACCAGGCAGCAGUACAGUUCAAGGGAAAUCCAAAAUACGUAGUAGCAAGGCAGAAGGCUGGUCAGAGUUACCGGGAUUGAAGAGUAGUCAGGAGUCGUAAUGGCAGAAGCAGGUCUGGAUCUCCUGAGGCAGAAGAGUAUCCAAAAAACAGGCAGGUCCGGGGUCACAAAACCAGGGUGAGCCAGAAGCGCGAGCAAACAGGUUCCGGGUGUGAGCUUUGCAGACGAUCUGACACCGGAGAGCUGAAAGACAGGGCCUUAAAUACUGGGAGAGGUAGUGGGUAAUGCAGCGCAGCUGGCAGAGUAAUUAGAGCAGAGCAGAGCAGGGACAGGUGGAGCUAGUUAGGCUGAGUAGAGAGAGUGGUGAGCAGAGUGGAAGAAAAUUAAGGUGGUAACCCGGUGGAGUGAGAGGCCCAUGACAGAACCCCCCCCCCAAGGGACGGCCCCAGAAGUCCCAAGAGCAACACCACGCCGGGCGGGAGGAGGGGAGCCGGAGGAGGGCUAGAACUCCUCCGAACGGUCCGAGUGAACGUCCUCAUCCUCGGAGGAAGCCGGAGGGCCGUGGUCGGGAGAUGGGACAGGUCCCGAGACAGGAUCAGGCACAGGACAGGAAGCCGAGCGGGCAGGACGGUUAGGGACCCCUCUGGGGCGGCCCCUACGGAUUGCAGGUUGAUCAGGAUGCCGUUGGUGGAAAGCGGUGAUGAGAGUCCUAUCCACAAUCCGACUAGCUGGCACCCAGGUCCUUUCCUCAGGUCCAUAGCCCUCCCAGUCAAUGAGGUACUGGAGACCCCUACCCCUCCGUCUGGACCGAAGCAGGCGGCGGACGGUGUAAACCAGACCACCAUCGACGAGCCGUGGAGGAGGAGGACCAGGCGCAGCAGGGACCAGCGGACUCUCAUGGAUGGGCUUAAUCUUAGACACAUGGAAAGUGGGGUGCACCCUCAGGGAAUUAGGCAGUUGGAGCCGGACAGCAGUUGGGCUAAUCACUCUUAUGAUAGGGAAUGGGCCAAUGAACCGAGGUGCCAGCUUCUGCGACUCCACCCUGAGUGGCAGGUUCUUCGAUGACAACCACACCCUUUGACCAACAUGGUAGGUGGGAGCAGGAAUUCUCCGACGGUUGGCCCCGGUAGUGUAGCUGGCAACGGAUCUGAGGAGUGUGGCUCGGGCUUGUGACCAGGUGCGGCGACAUCGACGGGCAAAAGCAAGUGCAGAUGGGCAAGUAACCUCCUCUUCCUGGCUGGCAAAUAGAGGAGGCUGGUAUCCAUAAACACAUUGGAAAGGGGACAUACCGAUGGCAGAGCAGGUCAGAGAAUUGUGUGCGUACUCCACCCAUGUCAAUUGCUGCGACCAGGAGUGGGGGUUGCGUGAAGUCAUGCAUCGCAGUGCCUUCUCGAGCUCCUGAUUAGCCCGCUCUGACUGCCCAUUGGAUUGGGGAUGGAAUCCGGAAGUCAGACUGACUGUGGCUCCCAGCAGGUGACAGAACUCCUUCCAAAAAGCGGAGGAGAAUUGUGGACCACGGUCAGAAACUACAUCCUUUGGCAGUCCGUGGAUCCGGAAGACGUGUUCCAGGACCACCUGGGCGGUCUCCUUGGCGGUUGGGAGCUUGGGGAGGGGAAUGAAGUGUGCCAUCUUGCUGAAACGGUCAACGAUGGUGAGAAUGACGGUCAUGCCACUUGAAGGGGGCAGCCCCGUGACAAAGUCAAGGGCGAUGUGAGACCAGGGACGUCUGGGCACAGGCAGGGGCUGCAGCAAUCCGGCUGGGGGCUGGCAGGACGACUUGUGUUGGUUGCAGAUGGGGCAGGCUUGGACGAAUUCCCGUACAUCCUUCCUCAGAGAGGGCCACCAGAACCUCUGGGCGAGCAGGUUGUAAGUGCGGGUGGAGCCAGGGUGACAAGCUAGGCGGGAGUCAUGUCCCCACUGAACGACCUGGGACCUCAGGUCUUCGGGGACAAAAAGGCGGUCAGCUGGGCAAGUGCUGGGACCUGGCUGGUUACGGAGAGCCUCCAGCACCUGUUCCUCAACAGCCCAGGUCAGAGCUGCAACGAUGCAGGGACUUGGCAGAAUCGACACAGGGUCCUUGGAGGGGGUGUCAUCCUUCUGGAAUUGACGGGAGAGGGCGUCUGGCUUGGUGUUGCGUGAUCCAGGCCGGUAUGACAGAGUGAAAUUAAACCUGGUGAAGAACAGGGCCCAGCGGGACUGCCUGGAGUUCAACCGUUUGGCCGUGCGGAUGUACUCCAAGUUCUUAUGAUCGGUCCAAACGAGAAAUGGAAUGGUGGACCCCUCCAGCCAGUGACGCCACUCCUCCAAGGCAAGCUUCACAGCCAGCAGCUCACGGUUCCCUAUGUCGUAAUUGCACUCAGAGGGGGACAACCGACGUGAGAAAAAGGCACAGGGAUGGAGCUUCCUAUCCUCCGCAGCCCACUGAGAAAUCACAGCACCAACUCCCACAUCCGAGGCGUCCACCUCCACAAUGAAUUGCCGGUCCACAUCAGGCAUCUGGAGGAUGGGAGCGGAGGUGAACCUCACCUUGAGGGUACUGAAGGCUUUGUCGGCUGCUGGGGUCCAGGUGAAGGGUUGCUUGGUGCUGGUUAGAGCAGUGAGAGGGGCAGCAACGGUACUGUAGUUCCGGAUAAACUUCCUAUAGAAGUUAGCAAACCCCAGAAACUGUUGCAGCUUCUUUCUGUUCUCCGGAACUGGCCAUGAAGUGACUGCUGAUACUUUGGCAGGAUCCAUUUGGAUACUUCCCUCUGCCACUAUGUACCCCAGGAAGGCCACUGUCUUGACGUGAAACUCACAUUUCUCUGCCUUGGCGUAGAGGGAAUUCUCCAGAAGACGAUGAAGGACUUGCUGGACAUGGCGGGUGUGUUCAGACAGGUUUCUGGAGUAGAUUAAGAUGUCAUCCAGGUAAACGAAGACAAACUUGUUUAACAUGUCCCGCAGUACAUCAUUCACUAGAGCCUGGAACACAGCAGGAGCAUUGGUGAGGCCAAAAGGCAUAACCAGAUACUCGUAGUGGCCUGUUGGUGUAUUGAAUGCGGUUUUCCAUUCAUCUCCCUCCCGGAUCCGCACUAGGUGGUAAGCGUUUCUGAGAUCCAACUUGGUAAAAACAGUGGCUCCCUGGAGCAACUCAAAAGCAGAGGUGAGCAGAGGCAGAGGGUAACGGUUUUUCACUGUGAUGUCGUUGAGUCCCCUGUAGUCGAUGCAGGGGCGAAGAGAUCCGUCCUUCUUCCCCACAAAGAAGAAGCCAGCACCAGCAGGAGAUGAAGAUGAACGGAUUAAUCCUGCGGACAGAGAGCCAUUGAUGUAGUCCUCCAUGGACUUUCUUUCAGGAGCAGACAACGAAUAAAGACGACCCUUUGGAGGAGCUGUUCCAGGGAGGAGGUCGAUGGCACAGUCGUACGGUCGGUGAGGGGGCAGAGAUGUGGCUCUUGCUUUGUUAAACACCUCUCUGAGACCAUGGUAGCAUUCUGGGACAUUGGAGAGGUCAGGAGCGGAGUUAGUAGGUACUGGCCGAGGGGGUAGUGCGGCAGCAAGCAGGCAGGUUCGGUGGCAGUCCUCUCCCCACUCCCUGAUCACCCCGGUCACCCAGUCGAGCUGAGGGUUGUGCCGGCGGAGCCAUGGGUAACCCAGGAUGAGGGGUUGGCCUGGAGAGGGGAGCAGGUGAAACUGGAUAGUUUCUUGAUGGUUUCCGGACAGACCCAUCGAGACCGGGGCCGUGACAUGAGUGACCGAUCCGAGUAAGUGUCCGUCCAGUGCCCGGGCAGGAAUAGGAGGUGUCAAACGGAGGUUCUCCAGUCCCAGUUGGCGUGCCAGCUUGAUGUCCAUUAUGUUGGCUUCGGCGCCAGAAUCCACCAGAGCAGCCAGGGUGUGAGUUGAGUCAGAGAGGCGGAGGUGAACUUGCAGCAGGGGUUUGCGGUCGGAGGACUGGAUGGUCAUUGAACUCAACCGGACUCCCCCUAUGCCCGGUGAGCUUCGGCCCUUUAAAGGGCAGGUUACCACACGAUGUCCAUCACCUCCACAAUAGAGGCAGAGGUUUGAGGUGAAGCGGCGCUGGCGCUCUGCAGGAGUGAGAGAGGCUCGCCCAAUCUCCAUAGGCUCAGACUGAUCAAGCUGACCUGGGUGAGUGGCAGUAGAUGACAGGAGCCCAGUCGGAUCUCUCCGAAUGCCGGUAGUAGGUGGACCUUGGCGCCCCCUCUCACGACGACGGGUCUGUAUCCUUCUGUCGAUCCUGACAGUCAGUGCGAUGGCUUCAUCAAGAGUGGAAGGCAGUUCAUGGGAGACCAACUCGUCCUUGAUAUAGUCAGCCAAACUAUGGAAGAACGCGUCCACCAACGAUGGUGUGUUCCAAGAACUUCGUCUAGCCAGGGUUCGGAAGUCGAUGGAAUGGUCUGCGACUGUACGUCUGCCUUGUCGAAUACUGAACAGUUCACGAGACGCCUCUGCGGUGGGUGAAUCCAGGUCAAACACCUUCAGCAUCUCCUCAGCAAACAGGUCGAAGGUUGCACAUGCGGGGGUUUGACGUUCGAACUCUGCUGUUCCCCAGAGUCGAGCUCGGCCCGUCAGGUGAGUGAUGGCAUACCCAACUUUAGCCCCCUCCGUGGCGAAGGUCCUUGGCUGCAAGGAGAACUGAAGUCGGCAGCUAGUCAGGAAUGGCCGGACCUGGGUUGAAUCGCCGUUGAACCGCUCGGGGUUUCCAAUCUUGGGUUCCGGAGCAGCGGCUGCAAUGACCGGGGCAGGUAACUCGGGGGCAGGGCUGGUGGGCAGACUGGCUGGGGUAAGGUUGGUGAGGAGUUGAAUGAUCAUGGCGAGUUGUUGUUGCUGCUGCUGGAACUGCUGCUCAUGCUCAUCGGUUUCCAUGUCGGGGAAAGUGUGCGCUGAGUCCAUAAUGGUCAGAUCGUACUGUCACGGUUCAGACAGACGACCAGAGGACCACAAUUGCGUCACACCAGAAAGUUUAUUAAACUUAAGGGAAAAGGGAAGUAGGGAGUGAAUGAAGGCUCCAGGGGUAACAGGGAUCCCGUCCAAUGUGCUGGGUCUGUGCCCCCCCCAGUGGCAGCGAUGCGUCCUAUGAAGCCGGUGGUGGGUGGUCCAGAAGUCCUGGGGGGGGGAGACACAGACACAACAGGGCGGAAUGAAACCAGGCAGCAGUACAGUUCAAGGGAAAUCCAAAAUACGUAGUAGCAAGGCAGAAGGCUGGUCAGAGUUACCGGGAUUGAAGAGUAGUCAGGAGUCGUAAUGGCAGAAGCAGGUCUGGAUCUCCUGAGGCAGAAGAGUAUCCAAAAAACAGGCAGGUCCGGGGUCACAAAACCAGGGUGAGCCAGAAGCGCGAGCAAACAGGUUCCGGGUGUGAGCUUUGCAGACGAUCUGACACCGGAGAGCUGAAAGACAGGGCCUUAAAUACUGGGAGAGGUAGUGGGUAAUGCAGCGCAGCUGGCAGAGUAAUUAGAGCAGAGCAGAGCAGGGACAGGUGGAGCUAGUUAGGCUGAGUAGAGAGAGUGGUGAGCAGAGUGGAAGAAAAUUAAGGUGGUAACCCGGUGGAGUGAGAGGCCCAUGACAAAGGGCUAGUAUUUAUCAAGCGUCUCAGAGUGGGGGUGCUGAUCUUGGAUCAGUUUUACCUUUCUAGAUCAGCACUGCUGAGACGCUUGAUAAAUAAGGGCCCAGGUCUCAUGGGGAACGGAGCUGGGCAAGGAUGGGUUCUGCAUUAACCUACUCUCUGUGUGCAUCCAAAUACUCUAAGGUUCUCCUUAUUCUACCCCGGUAUCCUCGCUACUAAAGUGGAGUGUCUUCGAUUUUAAUUUCACCUUCUACGUUUUUUCAAGUACAGAAAGUCAAUUGAAAUCUGAUAUGUCCAAUGAAAAACCGGAUAGGCUACAUGUCACAUGGAUUCUGAAUAAAUGGCGCAUGAGAAAGAAAGCCACUGAGAGAUUUAGGAUACACAAGCUUUCUUUAUUUCUUUCACUUCUUAUUGUAACCUCUUAAUGUAUAGUGUAGUUAGUUAAUGGAUAUAGUCAGUUUCUCUAAAUCCCUGCACCUAGCACUAAUGAUUGGUACUGAGUGAUUCAGAUUACAAAGUCUGUCUUUAAACACUGAGUGUACAAAACAUUAA